CACUCCUGGCGGCAUUUAUAGUUCUGGCGCGUCCAGGCGCAGUUCUGACUUAUUUUUCCUUACUGAGGUUCUGUGCCUUAUUACGUUAGUUGUUGAGUCCUUAUCUUCGUUUCAUGCCAAAUUUAUUAAGAGAUUAUGGCGAUUUAUUUGUUUAUUAACCCCAAAAGCUGACGGACUGAGAGGUAUUGUUAUUUUAAUCCCAGUCUCCAACUUCGUAAAAUGUUUGAGGUAUUUUCUACAAAGUUGUUAGACUUUUGUUAACUUCCAUCUCGUACCAAGCAAAUAACGUGUACGCUGUUCAGCAGUCUGCUCCACUUUGUGGAUAUAAACCAUGGUGAUUAAGAAUAAUGAGUAUUUGUAAGUUAUUGGUAUUCGGUCAUAGUUGUCUUCAAAGCGUCGCGUGCUUACUUUCGAACCAUCAAGUGAGCUGUAGUAAAGUUAGGGAUAGGGUGCAAAGCAAAUAUAGCAAGCUGGUUGGUCAGUUAAUUAGUCUUCCAUAGAUGUAGUCAGGACACGUGUUACGUGAACUUAACUACCGCUUUCCUCGACAGGCAAUGAUGGUUGAUGUAGGAAUAGAUUGAAAAAAAGCUAGGGGUAGCCAAACUGAAAUGUGGCAUCAGUCCGUGAUUUCAUGAACUGAGCCACGUUUGCAGAUGAAGAUUACCUGGUUGGGGUUCACGCGAUUAUUGCAACCAGUGUUUGGAGAUGCUGGACAUGGCUCAGAAUCAUUCUCAAUGGCACGGGUAUAUUCACUUUUUGUUUUCCCUUAGAGCCUGGUCACGGUUUAACUUGUUAAAUCGAACAAUACGGAGCCUUAGACUGAUGGGUCUAAAAUUCGGUAGCAUCUUGAAAGUCAUUUUGAAAAAGCACCUCAAUUAGGGACAACAAUCACUACUCACCAUUAAAGUCAAAUAACGUUAUCCCAUCUGUCUACUGUUUUACAGUGUCUUUCACAAUGGCAUGCUAUCAGCAGUACUGAAGAAAGCAAGUGAUCGUGGUGGUAAUGUCACUUGGGGAAGAAUUUUUUAGCCUUGAGUAUAUUGAUAAUGCCGUCUUGUCGUACAGUCACGUAAUAGUUACUCAAAUAGUAUCUGUCAGCUGGUCAAUACUCGUAAUUAUGACACAUUCUUCAGAAAGUGUGAUGAGUUUAUUGAUUAAGUUCGUAAGAUUUGGGAAUUAACAAAGUAUUAGUCGCAUACUUAAUAAUUCAGCAAGUGACUAUGAUUCUGUUUGUUCUUUGCACAUAUUAUUGUGAAUAAUGUGUCUAUCUGAAUUAACAAUCCGAAUGCAAUUCUAUAGUGACAGUUCUCGUUCUCAGUUUCUAAACUCAUGUAUGAGCUCUAUUGAAUUGUAAUUGAUACGAAUAAAAUGUUGACCGUUUUCUUACUUGAGUUGUAUUUUUUUAAUAUUAUCCUGGUUAUUAAUACUACAUGGUUUUCUCCGUUCUUUCACAACAUCAUUUCGUUUUAUAUGGCACAUCUCGGUGAUCUUAUACCAAGCUUUCACUUUGCAAACAAAUUUGUGAUGCUUACACCAUUGUUUUCACACUAUGUAUGUUUUGAUAUUAUGAUGGUUAGGUUCCAUGUGUAAUUGUGUUCUUCAAAGUAGCUGUUUUUUUUAUUACUCAAACUCAGUAGCUUGAUAUUCUGAAUAGCACCACAAACAAUCCCAAGGUAGCAGUUUUCUCUAUAUCUUAUAUGCUGUAAAAUGUUGAUUAAGCGUAAAUGUAUUUUUCGUGGUUUGGUUUUAACAUUGUCUUUUGUAGAUAGUUUCCAUUCCAUACCAGUUCUUGCCAGGAAUCAUUGAUUUCAUAAAAAUAUAUUUUGACGUCCUGUUACUUAAUAAUGUCAGCAAAACAUUUUACUUCCAAAGAAAAAUUAUUCAAAAUUUUAAAAGAAUUUCAAGCACGGUUUAAUUCUCCAUUUCGACUCGCUGAAGCAACUAGAUGGUGUGAAAGCUACUUCAUACGUGAGGGUGGUAACGUCGAAACUGUUGGCGUGUUUUUAGAAUUUAUCAUGAACCUGGGAUUCGUUUAUCAGGUCGACCAAAACGUUUUCUUUUCCAGAUACUAUUUUAAUGUAGAAAGAAUUGAGGAGUUUUUCAGCACCUUUUGCAGAUCGAUAGACGGGAAAUCCAUGGAAGGCCUAAGUCAGCCAAAAAGUGCUGAUGAGUCCGGUAUCAGGUCUAUCUCUAAUUCUCAGGAAGAUGUAUUUGAAAAUAAUUGCUGUUGUAAAUCCGUCUUAGCCAAUGCAAAAUCUCAUUUAUGGUUCGAAGAGAUAAUUAGACGUUUGUCCUGCGUGAUGGAAACAGAUAGAAAUGAACUGAUAUCGAUGAUGGAAUCUUCGGACACUGAUUCAUCUACUCCAUCACUGCCUCAAAAACCUAAUGAUUUUUUAAUAGAUAUUGGUACUGCCGCUUACACAAACAGUAUAGCGUUAGAAAAUUGGCAUAAUUGCUUAAAAAAUUCAACUGGGGAAUUAGUCAGUCACGUGGCUAUUACUUGUCUAGAUGCAUUGUCCAAAUGGCCAAAUAAUGUUGGUCAUCAAUCAAAAGUUUGUGAAAGGAAAUGUCUACCGAAUUCAUUUCUAUCCAUUACAACUUCCCAUUUGAAAAACUUCAAACAUUACUGCAUCCCAAAGACAGUAGAACUACUUCUGGAUUAUAUUUUUUCCAGCUGUCCAGAUGCAAAACUUUUAGCAACAAUGAAUAACCUUCUUAAAGGUUGGAUUAAUUCCGUUUCAAGUAACGCCAAUGAUUUGAAGCUGUUUGAAAAGAUAUAUUCUCCUAAUGUGAUAAGUUCACAUGGUAGUGAUAAAAAUAAUCUUCAAAACAUUUCACUCCCACCUUUAACAACACCUUUAAGGGAUACAAAUAAUUUGCAUAAAAAAGUUUAUGGACAUUCAUUAUCUAAAGCUUUUACACCUUCUGACGACAACUUAUUCACUGAAUACCAUCCUAUUUCACCGAUUAUACACUGUCAAAGAUUCCAUGUAAGGGUAUCUGAUCCUGGUCACAACUGUGAAAAUUUAAGUGGUAUGUUAAUUCAAACGCGGAAAUCAAGAAGUCACAGUGUUUCUGAAUCAUCUCAUCAUGAGUUAAAUUACCUCAACGGAUAUAUCACAGCCAAUCAUCAAAGAGAUUCUGGUAAAUCUAGCAAUGAGCGUAAUUUGCCUACUACCUCAUAUACUCAACACUGGGAUCAUGGUGCAUAUUGCUUAUCUAAUCGGACACCCAGUGAUCCAAUAUCGUCUAUCCAACACCAUUGGCCAAUCAUGGAGAGUUAUAAUUUAGCUCUUGCUUGUCAGCUAGUUUUACUUUUUUUGCCACCUGUAAUGUAUUCCCGGUUAAAAAUAAUGGUUGAUUUAUUACGUCGAGUUCUAUCAAAUCAUGAACGCUUAGCUUUGUGGUUGGUAAACCAUGAUUCACGUGAAAAUAUUGAAAAUAAGUCUGAAAACAUUUUACCAUCCAAUACUCUAUCGUCGUUGGAAAUUACAUUGCAUGUGAUUGUAAAACACUUCGGCUCACUACUUUUACGUGUAUCGAGUGAUUCCGCUGUUAAAAACACUGUCAACAAAACAACUUCACGUAUUCGUUGGAGAGAAUGUCUUCUUUGUUUAUUACUUUGCGACCCGGAAAACUUCCUUUUAACAUUACCCAAUGGUUUACAGUCUUGUUUACGAUCUGUAAAUAAUAAUAAUACAACAAGCGAUAAUAUUAAAACAGAACAAGAAAAUAUUCUACACAUUGAAGAGCUUAUUGGAUUAGACGGUUUCAAGUCACAGGGUUCAAGAAAGUCCCAGUUAGCUUGUUCAUCAUCGUCACCAGAACAUGUAUCUUUGCCAGCAUUUACUUCAUUAAUCAAAUCAGCAUCCAGUACUAGUUUACAAAGUAGAUUGUUAAAAUUAACUAGAUCACGAGAUAGUCUCAUCAAAUUUGCAUCAACUCCUACGAAAAGUGGUAGAAGUAGCAGUUUACAAAACUCUCCGCGUUCUACCGAUACUUUUAGUUGUCGUCGUAUAUUUGAUGAAAGUAAUUUAGAUAUUGGAAAUCUAAGUAUAAAAUCACAUUCUACACUUUUUAUCAGUGAAGAGUCUUGUGAUCGGUUUGGUCGUUCCGGGAACUGGAGUGUAGAAAAUUCUCUGCCUGGUUCACAUUCAAGUAUCUUUUUUCAGUCUGAUCUAGAUCCAAAACGAUUAGCUGCAUUAGGUAAUACAGCUCAUUUGAUCAAGCUUUUAAAUCAAAUUCUCAAUGACCGAGAAAUGAAUCCACGUAGAAAAAUGAAAUGUCUUCAAGAUUUUCGCAAAUCUCAUCCAGAUGUAUUUUGGUUACGUUUUGGUAAUGAAGAGAAAGCAUCCAACUAUUUAUCCCGUUUACAACGUCGUAUUGAUUCACAAACUCAACCUAGUGUUUUUGAGAGGAUUACAAAUGCACUACGUCGUCGACUUCAGAGUCCUGUCAAGCAACAGGAUUAGCAUCAGAACAGCUUUUAUACCUUGUAUUUCGAUUGUUCCGUGUAAACAUGUGAAAAGUUGAUUCGAUUGCUACUUUUCUUGUAAAUGAUCGUAUAUAUCGUCUAAUAUUUUUUAAAAUCCAGAUUAUAUAACACUAUUUUUCUAAAUAUUUGGCCUUAUGUUAGAUGAAGUAUAAUAUGUAGUAAUUUACUGUUGCUUUAUUCACUAAAAGCGUAAAUUUUAAUGAA